GAGUUUACUUCCUGUUUGGCCGAGGGAAUCGUUAUCGGCUUCUUCCGUGUUAUUCUGCGCAGCCUCCAUCCCAUGAUAUAAAUCUAACGGAUUAAAAUCCAUUUUCACAAUUACAGUCAGUUACACGGACGGAGAUCAUGGGGGGCAUCAAACAGGAGCAGAGUGAUGCAGCACAGCAGUCCAGACCUUCACAUUCAGCAGAUCAACCCCAACAAGAGGAGCCAAAGAAGAGAGGCUGGCCGAAGGGCAAGAAAAGAAAGAAGGUGCUACCAAAUGGUCCCAAGGCACCAGUAACAGGAUAUGUCCGCUUCCUGAACGAACGCCGAGAGCAUAUGCGCGCCAGAUACCCUGACUUACCUUUCCCAGAAAUCACCAAGAGGCUCGGAGCAGAGUGGACACGAUUAGCCCCCAAUGACAAACAGCGCUACCUCGACGAGGCGGAACGGGAGAAGAUGCAGUAUGCCCAGGAGCUGAAGGAGUAUCAGCAGACUGAAGCCUAUCAGAUCACCAGUGCCAAGAUACAAGACAAGAGGAUCAAGAAAGAAGACACUCCAUCUGUUAUCAUCAGUACUAGUUCAGAGUCGUCAGUAUCAAAGGCUUCUGACCUCACAAGCAGAUUCGACAUCCCUAUCUUCACAGAGGAAUUCCUUGAUCAGAACAAAGCUCGAGAGGCUGAGUUGCGACGGCUCCGUAAGGCCAACAUUGAGUUUGAGGAGCAGAACGCAGUGCUUCAGCGACAUAUUAAAGACAUGUACAACGCUAAAGAACGCCUGGAGGCUGAGCUGGGGAUGGACGAGAAGCGUACACAGGCUCUUCACCAACACUUGCUGGCCAUCAAACACACAUUGGUCAACAGUCUGUCAUCAGUCCCCCUGCCAGGUACAGGAGAGACAGCAUCUCAUGGGAACCUGGACUCAUACCUGAGUCGUCUCAGUGGAGUGCUGGAAGGAAACCCUCACAAGCAUCGUGCACUGCUCUCCAAGCUUUGUGAAGUCCUCUCUCAUCUGGACAGUGAGAAGUUGUGAGGAGGCUGCAGCUGGAGACACUUUCAUUCCCCUAUCAGAGGGACAUGUGACUGGCUCUGUGGUAUUAGGUCAAGUCAGUGCCAUUCAACAGAGCAUGUGGCUAUAUCAAAGGAAAUAAAGGCAAGGGUACAAACACCACACACACA